AUGGAGAAUAUAGAAAUGGCACUGCGCUUAGGUGCUGAUUUUACUCCUGUGGGUUUCAGGUCAGGCCAGUUUAUAGUGGUGAAUUCAGUCGGUGUGACAUCCCAUUUCCCCAAGAUCUGGGGGAAUUCCCCCAGGUUUGGCAGCACUGCCCCCAGGAUGCUCUUACACCAAACCAGUCACCCCUUAAGUGUUUGUCAGCGGAGAGUAUGGCCAUAUAAAGAGACGAGAGGAAGACCACCCGAUAAGGAAGAUGAUGAAGAUGGGACUACCAGGUAUCCCAAGAUGAAGUUGCAACUCGUUUUGGUAGUUAUCUCAGCACUUGGCCUUCAGAACACCCAAGGGCAGUCACUGGAGGAACUCCAGCAGCUGCAGGAGCUGUUCGAGCAAGCUGUUGGUAACCAGGGCGGUGGAACGACAGGAGGACAAACCCCUGGACAAGGUUCGGUCACUCCUGGAGCAGGUGGACAAUUUCCAGGGCAGGGGGGUGGUUUUCCAGGGCAGGGAGGUGGUUUUCCAGGACAAGGUGGAUUCCCUGGAGGCUUUCCAGGACAGGGAGGUGGUUUUCCAGGACAAGGUGGAUUCCCUGGAGGCUUUCCAGGACAGGGAGGUGGUUUUCCAGGACAAGGUGGAUUCCCUGGAGGCUUUCCAGGACAAGGUUAUGGGAACAGUGUUUGCCCAUCGGGCAGUGCCCGCCAGUGUGGACAGGAGGCCUUAGAGGAAGAAGAUCGAGAGGGAGACAGAGAAUUAGAUGGCGAGAUAAGUGAAGGAAGAUAUGGAGAGAAGAGGUUUGGUGGAGGAGGAUGA